AUGGAAAAGUAUUCGAAAUGGAGAGAUGCAGGCACCGGCAUUCAGCCAUUUCUUCCUCCUGUCCCGCCUAGAACAGAUUCGAGCAUCUUGAUCACCCUUUCAAAAAUAGUUUGUUCGAUUGCUGGAUACUCGCAGGGUAUUUUAAAGACACUGAUCAUUUUUGCUCUCGGCUUACUUUAUAUCCUGCUUGUUUUCUGUAUUGGCAUAUUAUUGACACCCAUCAGACCGUUAAAGAGAAUAUGGCAGUCUCUUAUUUCUGCUGUUAUCAUUAGAUCUAUUCUGUUCUUUAUGGGUUUCUUUCAAAUCAAGACAGAGACUAUCUCUGUUCGUAAAAGGUUUACAAGUACCCUCCGAGGUAGCGGUCAAAUAGAGACAGCGACUGUAAAGGAUGGAGAUGUCAUUAUUGCCAACUGGACUUCAUAUGUGGAUGUACUCUAUCUUGCAUACAAAUUUCAACCGAUAUUUACACAGAUCUAUUCAGACAGUAACAGCAUCAAGAAAAUUUCAUUGUGGCAGGCGAUUCGAUUGGUACAAACACCACCGGAAUCAAAGCCGUCAGAGGAUGAUAAAGUGUAUAGUCUGAAAGAGUUGGUUUCGAAUGCAAAGCAACACGGAUGGGGACCUAUUGUUAUCUUUCCCGAGGGCACAACCACAAAUGGUCGCGCACUGCUCAAAUUUCAUCCAUUACUGGAUCAAGUGAGCCUAGAUGAGGUCACUUUCCAUUUGGUCUCCUUCAAAUAUGAAUAUACCAAUAUGUCUCCUACAUUUACAGUUGGAAAUAUGUGGCUACACUUUUACAAACUAUGUGCACAGUUUCAUAAUACAUUACAUGUGAGAAUAUUAGCCAAGAGAGAGCUCCAUGGAUCAACUUCUUCUUCUACUGUUGAUUCCUUGGUUACUCAUCUCGGCCACUUGUUCAAACUUAGAAAGAUGAACUUGAACAUGCAGGAUAAAAGGGAUUUUCUAGCCUUUUAUGAAGCUCGUAACAAGAAGAAGAGCGCUUGA